CCAGACCCUCUCAAUCUGAGUCUCUAGCGGGCGACUAACCUCCACCAGAGUAAACAGAUUGAGGCCCUACGAACAAAACCUCCACUACCGAAGUGAAUUCGGUACGGAAUAGUGAGUUGGCUCCUCGACUAAAGUCACCAACUCCCUACCUUCAAUCAAGGAUGCUCUAUCAACCUAGGCAGAUAUUCUCAUUCUAGGUUAAAGCAGAAACAAUAGGAAUUUGAUCAGGAUUCAAGUCAUUCAAUCAUUCAAGCCUCAAUCGAAUAUAAUCAACUCAUAGAAUCAGUACUUGGGUUCAUACAAUCAAACCUAACAUACAAAUCUAGGGUUCUCCAUACCCAGAUGAAUGGGAGAACUACUCCAUGGAGAAAGAAGCAAAAGCAGAAUCAGACGCGGAAAUCAUACUAUGAAGAAUGGAUUUCAGCUCCUGGACAUUGAUCGCCACUUCUCCAAGCUCAAGCCGGGCUCCAAUGGUGAUGAAGAUCAAGCUAUGGCACUUGGGAACUCUUGUUCGUCGCUUUCUCUCUCUAGGAAUUGCUCUCUCUCUCCAAAACUCGAAUCCCUUGAUUUUCAGCCUUCUUUUCCCUUAAAACAGCUGCCUAUUGCGAUACCCGGUCGAAAUACCCGGUCGGGUAUUUUGGGUCUCGACCGGGUAUAGUUGAAACGCGCGUUUUGCCUAGGGAAAAAUACCCGGUCUCAUCCAAUAAUCCCCUGUCGGGGAUUUUGUGCCUCCAGCCCGGGACCCUCUCUGUUUCUCAGACGCCAAAACAGCAAAUACCCGACCUCCUCAGAAUAAUACCUGGCCGGGUAUUUUUGGUCAUGGCCGGGUAUUUUCUUCCUCCAGCACACUUCAAGCCUCACUUGCUCCUUUCGACCCGAAUCUCGUUCCUUCGCCUCGAUUCCAACGCCGGGUCCUGAAACAUGACAUAAACGCACAACCUAGCGUGAAAUCGGCUUAAAACACGAGAGUCAACCUCUCAAACGGCUCAAGAAUAGGGGUGAAAACAUGUGGAAUUAUCGGUCUAUCACAGCGCUUACCAAAGGAGAGAUUCCUCCUGCCAUGCUUGCUGAACGACAACGUACUCGUUUGAUGAAUUUUCUUAUGAAGCUACACUCAGACUUUGAACCCCUUCGCGCUUCUUUACUACAUCGUAAUGUGACCUCUUUUGAUGAAGCCUUGGCUAAACUACUCCGUGAAGAGACUCGUUUGAGGAGUCUGAAUCAUCUUAACCAUUCGCCCUCGGGUGGCAAAUCGGCCUUUGUUGUUGGUCGUUCGGGUAAACCCCAUUUUCAGAAACCUGUUCCCCCUCAUGUUGAGUGUCACUACUGCCGGGAAAAGGGACAUGUUCAGAUUUAUUGAAAGAAACGUAAUUAUUGCAACUACUGUAAGACUUCUGGACACAUUGUUUUUGAAUGUCCGACGUUGGCGAAACGAAGCAAGGCUGGCAGUUAUCGUUCCACCUCUGUCCCUGCGUAUAGUGCGCCCGCAGCUCCUGCCCCUGCUGCGUCGUUAACAUCUCCCUCCCCUGCGCCAGCAUAUGGAGAACAGCCUGCUGCCUUUUCCCCAGGAGUUCUUGGCGCUGCACCUGGUACUUCUUCCCUAAUGACUGCUACUCUUGAGCAGCUAGUGGAGUCCACUCUACAGAAGGUUCUCCCUUCUGCUCUCCAUACCGUGUUUGCCGCUCAUAACUCUUAAGGUAAUUCUUCUUCUUGGUAUCUCGACUCUGCUGCAUAUAACCAUAUGUCUAGCCUGCGUAAUAAGUUCAUCGGUCUGCGCCCUAGUCCUACUCUCCAAUUGCAAGUUGCUAAUGGCUCUAAAAUUCCUGUCACGGGUAUGGGUACUGUGCAAGAUUUGAAUCUUCAUCUCCCUGACACGCUCUACGUAUCGGAUCUUGUUCCCAACCUUGUUUCUGUGGGACAAUUGACAGAGAGUGGGUGUCGAGUUGUGUUUUAUUUCGAUGGGUGUCUGGUGCAGGAUCGGAGCACAGGUAAGACAGUGGGUAAUGGGAGACGGAGUGGGCGCACCUUCGUUCUGAAUACGUUGGACAGCGGGCCGGGGCGUGGAUGUGCUGUCAAGAUGGAAGAGAGGAACUCAUUUGUUGAUUGUUCUAGUAGUUCAUUGUCGAAUUUGAAUGUUUAUUCUGUUUCUCCUUUGGAUUGGGAAUUAUGGCAUUGUCGUUUGGAGCACCCGAAUACUGCACGUCUGCAAACUAUGUUUAGAAAUAAAUUGCUUCCUGGAGUUUUGAAUACUGCUUAUGUUCCUUCGAAUCCGUGUAUUAGCUGCAUUGAAGCUAAGACUAUACAGAGCUCUUUUGGUUCGAGUGAUACUAUUUAUUCGACACCUUUUCACUUUUUUCACACCAAUCUUUGGGGUCCACCACACGUUACUUCGAGGCUGGGCUAUCGGUACUUCGCUUUGUUCAUAGAUCAUGCAACUCGAUAUACAUGGGUAUUCUUUCUGAAACAGAAAUCUGAGUUAUGUAAUAUAGCUCAAGAGUUCAUCCAGCUCAUUCGUACUCAGUAUGAUAAAACCAUUCGAGUGAUCCUGGAGGAGAAUUCAAAUCUACUCCGCUACUGAAUUUCUAUAAGCAUCAUGGCAUAAUUGCUCAACAAUCGUGUCCUGGCGUAUCUCAGCAGAAUGGACUGGUGGAAAGGAAAAAUUGUCAUGUCCUUGAUCUCACUCGAGCUCUUCUUAUUCACUCUCAGGUUUCGUCCACUUUCUGGGUAGAGGCGGUACAUUCGGUACGAGAAGUUUGCAACCGGUAGCCAAAAUGCAAACUGUUCGUACCCUUUUAGGUGUGGCUGCUUUUAAGGGCUGAUCAUUAUCUCAACUGGACGUAAAAAAUGCAUUUUUGCAUGGUGACUUGAAAGAAACAAUUUAUAUGGAGCGUCCUCCGGGUUAUGAUAAAGGAGAUGAUUUUAUGGUUUGUCUUUUGAAUCGCUCUAUGUAUGGACUGAAACAGGCUCCACGGGCAUGGUUUGAGAAGUUUCAUCAUACCAUUCUGCAGACUGGCUUUUCACAGAGUGACACAGAUCUGUCACUUUUUAUCCGCAAGACUGUUCAUGGUUUGGUUGUUCUUCUCAUAUAUGUCGACGAUAUGAUCGUGACAGGUAGUGAUGUAGAUGGGAUUCGUGAAUUAAAAAGAGUUUUUACAUCAGUCAUUUAAGCUUAAGGAGCUGGGUAAUCUCUCGUAUUUCCUAGGAUUGGAAAUACAACGUUCUUCUCAUGGUCUCUUUGUGAAUCAACAUAAGUACAUUAUGGAUCUUCUACAAGAGGCGCAGUAUUGUGAUUGUAAUCCAGCAAUGACUCCAAUGGAACAACACUUGAAGCUCUCAAAGUCUAGUGGUGAGAGUCUCUCUUCUACAGAAAGCACCCGCUAUCGGAGUAUAGUUCGGAGUCUUAUAUACCUGACUUCGACGAGGCCUGAUAUAGCCUAUGUUGUUCAGGUUGUAAGUCAGUUUAUGUCUUCACCUCGUACAUUGCAUAUGGAUGCUGUUCAUCGGAUCCUUCGUUACCUGAAAGGCACGGCGCAGGUUGGUAUCUAUUUUCCCUCUUCCGGUGAUUUGUCUCUUACAGCAUAUGCAGAUGCCGACUAUGCAGGUUGUCUCCAUACUCGUCGGUCUACAUCUCGAUGGCUAGUGAAACUCGGCUCCUCUGUUAUCUCUUGGCAGUGCAAGAAGCAAGAUCGUGUUGCUAAGUCAUCUACAGAAGCCGAAUAUCGUUGGAUGUCUGAGGUGAUUUCCGAGCUUGUAUGGUUGCAUCGUUUGCUUGAAGAGUUGGGAUUGUGUGUACUCUACCAGUCAGGUUGUACGCCGAUAAUGUGAGUGCUAUUAAUAUUGCUACAAAUCCGGUUCUUCAUGAACGCACGGAGCACAUUGAAGUUCAUGUACACUAUAUUAGGCAACUUGUGACAGAUGGUUGGCUUCAGUUGCAGUACUUGGUUACCGAUGAUCAGCCGGCAAAUAUCUUGACGAAGGCGGUCUCCACGAGUUGACACUGGUUUCAGUCACACAAACUGAUGGUGCGACAUCAGUUUGAGGGGGAGUGUUGAAAUAUGUACAUGUUUCGAGUCCUAUUGUAAAUAGUAGUUUUGUAUGGACUAAACAUGAUAUUUACCAUGCAGCCUAUGUGGUUAGGGUUUGCGUGAGUGUUAGCUAUAAAAGCCUAAGUUUCGG